CUCAUACACAGCAGCUUUGCAGCUUAUUGUGGCAAAUGCACGCCUUCUGUCUCCCUCUGCAAGCAAUGAAUUAUUGUGGUCAACUCCUGUUCUUUGGUAAAAUAAUUUGGGGACCAGCAUUUUAAGAAGCCAUCACAGCACCGUGCAGGAAAUGUGUCUGCUGUGGUCCUGCCUGAUUACAAUGAAACAAAGCGCCAGCACCUACUGAGACAUGAACUAAAAUGUAAUGACUCAGGAGCGUGCAUGCCAGGAGGGGAUGCCAGGGAUACUAUUCUUCAUUUAACACCAGUUCCUUCAGAAAUUGAGACCACAGAGGCCUGGACAGGUUUUCACUAUUCCUAAUUUAUGAACAUGGAUGCUCAGUUGCCUUGGGCGGAUGAAGUACAUGAUGAGGAUGAAGAGGAACUGGAGGAUACUGAAGCAGAGUGUUCUGGGAAGCUGCCUUCAACAGGAAAUUCUGGCAACUUUCUAACAAAGAGGGGGAUCACACUGAGAGUCCUGCUAAAAGAUGGCCUGAUAGAGGCUGGGCAGGGUGUUCUUUCUAUACACUAUCUGGGAAGAAAGUUCCAGGGUGACCUGUUAGUGGAUGGAAAAAUUAGAUGGCAGGAGAAUGGGCAGACCUUUAACUCUCCUAGUGCUUGGGCAACACACUGCAAAAGGCUUGUGAAUCCUGCUAAAAAGUCAGGCUGCGGAUGGGCAUCAGUCAGGUACAAAGGGCAAAAACUAGACCAAUACAAAACAGCAUGGCUGCGCCAGAACCAAGCUCAUGGACCAGCUGCCGAAGCACAGAGCCCACUAAGUGAAGGAGAGGAGGAGGAUCUUAUUGAGGAUGAGGAGGAAGAGGAAGAAGCUAGAGACGGAAAGUCAAGUAACCUGGAGCAAGCAGAAUAUAACAAAAUCCAGUGCAAGGAAGGAACAGAUAAAGCUCACCGAUGUGGACAGGAGGAAAUCAGAGUUCCUGUGAAAUACUCCACACUGGGAAGUAGGGAUUCUGCAAGGGAUCCUCACACCUUGGUUGAAUUGACUUCCUUUAUGACACUGAACAAAUUUCAGCCAUUUCAUGUGUCUGUCUCAAGUAAUGCUCUGCUGUUGCUGGACUUUCAUAGUCACCUAACACGCAGUGAGGUAGUAGGAUAUCUCGGGGGACGCUGGGACACAAACAGCCAGUUGCUGAGUGUGCUCCGGGCAUUCCCAUGUCGUGCACGAUUGAGAGACACGGAAUCUGCUGCUGCCAUUGAGGAGGAGAUAUACCAGAGCUUGUUCCUAAGGGGUCUCUCCCUGGUUGGCUGGUAUCACAGUCAUCCCCAGAGUCCAUCACUGCCAUCCCUGCAGGACAUAGAGACACAGAUGGAUUAUCAGCUCAAAUUGCAGGGCACAGAGAACAGUUUCCAGCCCUGUAUUGGGGUGAUCUGUGGGCCUUACUUCCAAUUGAAUGAAGAAGCAGAAUCCUCUAUAUGUCCCUUCUGGGUCAUGCCUCCUGCAGAGCAUCGCCCAAAUGAUUAUGGUAUCCCAAUGGAUGUUGAAGUUACAUAUACACAGGACAGUUUCUUGACCAAUGACAUCUUGCAUCAGAUGAUGAUGUUGGUAGAAUUCUAUAAAGGGUCUCCAGAUCUAAUACCAUUCCAGGAAAUAUGGAAAGAAGACAAGACCUAUCUGGACAAAUUAAAGGGUUCCUUGUCUAGCCGAACACCAAAGGACCAUGGAUUUGGGCCAGUUCUAGACCAAGUAUACACCUUUCUCAAACAUGUAGGCUAAGAGGCCUCAACACUGAAGUUUGUAAUACAUGUGAUCCUUUCAGUACAGGAAGGGAAAUCCAACUUGCACACAGUUGAAGCUUAAACAUGAUAUAUAUAUACUCUUAAUAAAUCAUACAUCUAUCAGUUUAUAGAAUUCAAAACGUGUUUUUAUAUACACAAUAUUUUAACCAUACAAUAACUUGAUUACAAUUGUAUAAGGGGACCUUCAACAUUUCUUUUGAUAAAAAGUCUAGGUUAAAAUAUUGAGGGAUUCCCUCAUUAUUGUAGCAAUUGUAACCAAGCAUUCUACCUUUUUAUGAUCUAUUAUUUGCUAUAUUAAGACAUUUUCUAUAUUUAAUUGCCUGUAACUUUAAUUACAUACAUUGAUAAGAAUAUGAUGUAUGACAUUUCUUGACCUAUAAUAGAGGAGGGAGAAGACGCGCUUUGUUUUUUAAUUAGUCAAUUCAGCAGAACCUCUAAUUACUGGAUCCACUGGUCCUUGUAUAAAGUUUAAAAGUAAAUGGGGUGUUGGUGCGUUUGUAAGGCAGAGAUUCCUUCCUUAACCUACAAGAAACAAAGCAAUCCCAAUGGUGUAGUAUCGUUAAUUUUGCAGGACAGAUUUAAUCUGUAUACAGAGCUACUCACAUAUAUAUUUUAUACAAAACGCGUUGGGCUACUAAUCUAACCUAUGUAAAUCCAAUCCAAUGCUUUCUGUUGCUGCUGACAUCCCCUACAAGGUCUUUCCCACAACUGAAAGCGCUCCACAAGCCAGGCACUGAGGAGAAACAACUGGCACCAUCCUGCUACGGCUCAAACCCAAGACGGAAGACGCUGCAACAAUCCACUCGUCGAUUAACUUCAAGACCUUGUGAGGCACACUUAAUCCGCUACUGAGGGGUAAGUGCGGACUAAAGCCACUAUUUCCAAUUUUAGCUGCAAUAUUGCACUAUAUGAGCUUAUUCCCUUAGGUAUAUCCAGAAGCAAGCGCAGGACUUUUUCUAUGUAUACAUAACGCGCUGAUCACACGGAAACUUUGUGAGUAGCUCUGUAUACAGAUUAAAUCUGUCCUGCAAAAUAACGAAUACUACACCAUUGGGAUUGCUAUUUCUUGAACUAUAUCCACUUGAUUUUUAUGCCUUACCUGCCAUAUUUUAACUGUUUUCAGACAGGCUCUGUAGUUAAUUACAAGGCUAGUACAGGGCUAAUAUUUUUACCAGUCACUCCCCUUUUCCCUUUUUAGUUUUCAUGCUCCACCUCAUUUGCUCAAUUUCCUCAUUAGCACAUUGCAUUGACCUUGAUAGUGGGCUGUCUGUAUUGAGGGUUUUUGCCAAAUAACCUGAAGAUAAGCAAUAGGUGCCAAUAGUUAUUUUAAAAGCAUAAAGCUGGCCAUAGACGCAAAGAUUUUACCUCAAUAUCGGACGAACGAACGAACGUACGUCCUCAUCUCCCAACCUGCCACUAACCAUUCAGACCAAAUAAAGCAGUAAAAGAACAGAUCAGCCGAUGUUCUCAUCCUACAGCAAUCGUACAAAAGUUUAUGUCCGACCAAGUUGGUGACAGUCUCCCACUGAAAAUCGUCCAAUCUGCAAUGCAUGCAGAGGUAUGAUCGGCAGCAGACAAAAAUUUUCUAACCUCUCCGAUCGUCUGAAAGACCAAUCGGCAUGGCAAGGUAAAUUUCGGGACACUCCACACACGAUCUGAAAAUUGUACGAAUCGAGGAUUCAUACGAUCGAAUCUGUGCGUCUAUGGCCAUCUUAAGGUUACUAUAUUCAGGCCCAGAUUUGUGGAAAGAACACAAAGGCCCGGGCCUAGGGCGGUAGAAUUUUAGAGGCGACGUUUCACCCAGUCACAUCACAAUGGGUUCAGAAGCACUGAGGACAUGUGGAUAUAGCUCUUCAAAUCUCCUGUGCACCAAUCACUAUGCUCUGGACCCUAGUGAGAUAAGAGUUUGUGGAUGCAUAUGAAGGGGGUGGCGGAACGUGAAAAGGGGGGGGCGACAAGUGGUCUCGACCUAGGGGUGCCCUAUAUAUAAAUACGGCCCUGACUAUAUUGGAAAAGGGAUAUAGCAAACAUUUGCAUUGAAACUAAUUAAUAACUUGCCCUAUGUAGAUCCCAUGUUGGUACAGUCUUUACAUAUUGACCAUAUGAUAAUAGAGUGAAACUGGAAAAUGUGUUUGAAGUUGAUAAGAAAUACAAAAUAAAACAUUCAAGUGUCCAAACACACAAGAUUAAUGUAAAUGGUUUUCCAUUAGUUAGUUAUUGUGCGUUUUUUUUAAAAAGAUAACAACUCAUUUGAUUUAUUCAGUGUUCUGCUGAGUACCAUCUUAUUUGUAAUGCACAGUUCCAAAUCAGUUUUUUUUUUGCAUUUUUUUUAAUUGUUUGAUUUGCAAAAAUAAAAAACUGAUGCAUGCCGUU